GUGCCUCCGUCGCCGCGAACGCGCGCGCCUGCCAGCGGACGCGCCGGCUUCUCUUAUAUUAUUGUUUUCCUCUUCCUCCCCGGCGUCGCUUUCUGUGACAACGGUUGCCACAGCGACGGGGAGCCGAACCCCGACCGCCGCCACCGACGUUCCUCUCUCGCGUCCCUCUCCAGCACGCGCGUGCGCGCCAGCCCCCUCUGGCGGCCGCUGCUGCUCGCUGCGGACGGAGCUCGCUCGAGGCGGGCGGGUGUCGUGUUUGUGAGGGGAGCGGAGAUGAGAUGGCGGCCGAGGGGGAGGCGGAGGCCGAAGUGGAGUGGGUGGUAGACAGCAUCGCCGGCUUCCUCCGUAGCCCCGCAUGGUCCAUCCCCAUCGUGGAGUUCGUGGAGCAGAAGUGCGAGGUGUUUGAUGAUGAAGAAGAAAGCAAAUUGACUUAUACGGACAUUCAUCAAGAAUACAAAGCUUUGGUUGAAAGGUUGUUAGACAGUUACCUUAAAGAAGUUGGAAUUAAUGAAGAUAAAUUCCAGGAAGCUUGUAUGUCUCCUCUUGCCAAGACACGUACCUCACAGGCCAUUUUGCAGCCAGUACUGGCAGCAGAAGAUUUCAGAUUAUUUAAAGAAAUGAUGGUUGAGAAAAACAUUGAAAUGCAGUUGCAGGCCAUUAGGAUAAUUCAGGAAAGAAAUGGUGUGCUACCUGACUGUUUGACAGAUGGGUCUGAUGCAUACAAUGAAAUGGAAGAAGAAGAAAUGAAAAUAUUAAGAGAGGUUCUUAGGAAGUCUAAAGAAGAAUAUGAGCUAGAGCAAGAAAGGAAAAGAACUAAAGAGUUCCAUGAUCAACUGAGAUCAUCUGAUGGUGCACACAGAUCUCCAGGACAUCUGAGUGCAAGUGCAGGAACUAAGGCAAAACUGUCAUCAGAGAGAAAGCACAAGGAUUUAUCCUCUGCCAAACUGAAGGAAGAUAUUCGAAAGAAAGCAAAUGAGAAUGGUUCUGAAUGUGUAAAGAAGCACGUGGGGCUAGAAGGGCGUAAAUUAUCAGAACUUGGAGUGCAAGAGCUCAAGGAACGAGAGGACUACCUAAAGCAGAGACGAGAUGCAUUGAUGGCUUUGAAGGAGUCAAAAACAAAUUUGCUACAACAAAAUACAGAUCAGAAAGAAGAGCCUUUAUCUUCUAAUGAGGGAAUGACAGCAGAAGAAGAAAGGUCAUUGCAGAAGAAAAGAAUCCUUGCAGCAAAACUUAAAGAAGAAGUUGUUAAUAAGCGAUAGUUUACUGAAGUUACUUCUACAAGGGGUUGGACAAGAAUUCUUUAGAAUAUUUUUGACCAUGAACUGAAUUGUUUGCUUUUAAGCAUUCUAUACAUUAAUUUGAUUAUAUAUAUUACAAAGACAGUACUAAGGUUUUUUUACAGUUAGAGUGCAAAGUAAAAAUUUAGUUUAUAAGGGUUUUUAAAAUGGUUUUGAUUGUUCCAAAGUGUUAUGUACCCAGAAGUUUAGAUUCCUAUGAUUCUAAUAUGUAUUGCUGGAUGUGGACACUAUAGUACUUUUGGUUUAAUGAAUUUUUUAAAAAGCAAAUACCUCUGUCACAAAUAUGGUCACGUUAAAACUCUGCAUUAAAGUGGUUAAACUCCA